AUGAAUACCAGGCCCGCCAUCGAGAGCGAAAGUAAUCCCGUAGCCUUGUCCGCAGCCUUCAACCACGAUGCCAGCUGUUUCGCUGUUGGACUCGACACUGGCUUCUGCAUAUUCAACUCUGAGCCAUGCCAGCUCCGCGUCUCUCGAGGUCUGCUUCUCCGCACACGGGUCCUAGCAAUACAUACUGACGAGCCAGAUUUCAACGGCGGAAUAGGGGCGGCACAGAUGCUUGGAAAAGCAAACUUCAUUGCACUGAUUGGAGGAGGAAAGCAACCAAGGUUUCCGCAGAAUAAAGUGGUUAUUUGGGACGACGCGAAGCAGAAAAUUGCAAUACAAAUACCCGUUACUACAACGGUCCGCGGAGUGCGGAUUUCGAGAACCCAUAUUGUUGUUGCCUUGCAAAACAGUGUUCGAGUCUACAAAUUCCAAAGCCCUCCAGAACUGUGGUCCGUCUUCGAGACUGCCGAUAACCCUUUAGGUAUUUGCUGUUUGACUGCAAAGUCUCUGGCAUUUCCCGGAAGAACACCCGGUCAGGUUCAGCUUGUCGAGAUUGCCACAGGCAACGUCAGUAUCAUACCAGCUCAUGGCUCUGCACUGAGAGCUAUUGAUAUCAGUCGGGAUGGUGAGGUCUUGGCUACCGCAAGCGAGACUGGUACCUUGGUCAGAGUAUUUGCAACGAGCAACUGUGCUCGGAUAGCAGAACUGAGACGUGGUGUCGAUCACGCGGCUAUUUAUUCACUUUCCAUUGCUCCUUCUGGUCAACUACUAGCUGUCACAUCCGAUAAAUCUACACUCCAUGUGUUCGAUAUUCCACAUCCGUCAAAACCACCUAAAAGCGAAGCCACGACGCAGAAUCGGAGACUCACGACAAUGGGAGCCGGAGGAGGAAGUCCGGCCUCAAGUGAUGUAGACAACAGCCAGAAAUGGGGAAUUCUCGGACGCAUUCCUCUCUUACCGAGGGUAUUUUCAGAUGUGUAUUCCUUCGCCUCGGCACAUUUCGAAAUCGGCGAGGAACCACUAUACGGAAGUUCGACCCCCUUGAAUAGUGAUGCGGCAUUUCGACCGCCUAAAGGCAUCCUCGGCUGGACGAGCGAUCACAGCAUCAUCGUCAUCGGAGCUGGUCGGGAUGGUAGAUGGGAGAAGUUCGUGAUUGCGGAGGGCGAGGAUGGGCGUCGGUACUGCGUCAGGGAUGGCUGGAAACGGUAUCUCGGCUUGAACUGA